UCAUUCGUCUGUAUUCGUGUAAACGUUGUUAAAAUUCAUUUUUAACAAUACUAAGUGGUAAUUUCAACGUAUCGUCUGUUUGAUAAUAACAUUUUCUUGCUAGAUUGUAGCUUUAUUUGAUUAUAAGAGGAUCUUGAAAUUAUAACCUAUCACAAUGGCUAUGUCAAAAUCUACCAACACUUACAAUCGUCAGAAUUGGGAAGAUUCGGAGUUUCCUAUUUUGUGCCAAACAUGUCUUGGUGAUAAUCCUUACAUUCGUAUGACUAAGGAAAAAUAUGGAAAAGAAUGUAAGAUAUGUGCGCGCCCGUUCACUGUGUUUCGUUGGUGUCCUGGUGCACGGAUGCGUUUCAAGAAAACAGAGAUUUGUCAAACGUGUUCCAAACUGAAAAACGUUUGCCAAACGUGCCUUUUGGACUUAGAAUAUGGUUUGCCAAUUCAAGUACGCGAUGCUGCUUUGAAAAUUCAAGACGACCUACCUCGUAAUGAAGUUAACAAAGAAUAUUAUAUUCAGAACUUAGAUAGUCAAAUGGCGAAGGUGGAUUCAACUCAGCCGAGUAACUCGGCUCUUAAAUCAAAGGGUGCAUCUGACUUAUUGCUUCGUUUGGCAAGGACAGCACCAUAUUAUAAGAGAAAUAGGCCACAUGUCUGUUCCUUCUGGGUUAAAGGAGAAUGUAGACGAGGUGAAGAAUGUCCGUACAGACACGAGAAACCAACAGACCCAGAUGAUCCAUUGGCUGAUCAAAACAUCAAAGACAGAUAUUAUGGUGUUAAUGAUCCCGUCGCCGAGAAGCUGAUGCGUCGCGCCGCAGCCAUGCCAGCUUUGCCUCCACCUGAGGAUCGAACUGUCACCACUCUAUACAUCGGCAACCUGCCGGAAAACAUGAGCGAGGAAGAGUUGAGAGGACAUUUCUAUCAGUAUGGUGAAAUUAGGCAAUUAACUCUAGUACCAAGGGCACAAUGUGCAUUUGUACAGUACACAACAAGAAGUGCGGCAGAACAUGCAGCUGAGAAGACUUUCAAUAGAUUAGUUAUUGGCGGCAAACGGCUCACCAUCAAGUGGGGCAAAUCUCAAGGUCGACAAGGACUCAACGAGAAGAAUGAAACUGCACCAGCAUUGGAGCCAGUACCAGGACUGCCAGGCACGCUGCCGCCGCCGCCAGCCUACUUGCAUCCGUUCCCACCUCAGAUGCCGCCGCCGAAUCGUCCGAACGACUUCUUCAACCUCCACCACUAUGGUGGGCCAUGGGGCGGGUGGGGAGCUCCUCCCCUGCCCCCCGGGCCUCCCGCGCCUCCGCCCCCCGCACCUCUACCGCUGCAUUACCCGAGCCAAGACCCUGCCCGGCUGGGACAUGCCCAUGCUAACACACCGCAGACAUAGUGAAGUGAAAGUGUAGUGUUAAGUGAUGGUGUAAUAGUGUUUGGGUACAGUUCUGAUGAUCAGGCUAAAUAUAAUGUAAAUUUUCAAAAUCCGUACAACUUCUUCAACUUCAACCACUAUGGGCCAUGGGGUUGGAGGGGGGCGCCGAUCCUGCCCCGCGGGCAUCCAAUGAUCGUAGGGCCGCCGGCGCCUCCGCCCCCCCGUUUCUCUACCGCUGCAUUACCCAAGACAAGUUCCCCCUCGGCUUGGUCAUGCCCAUACUAAUACACUGCAGACAUAGUGAGUAUUGGUGAAGUGUAGCGUUAAGUGAUAGUAUAUUAGUGUUUAUAUAUCAUCAUCCUUAGUGUGGCUCAGUAAUUAAUGGUGGUUUGACGGUGACAUUGAUUAAAAUCUUGAUCUAAUCGAAUAAAAUUAUACUUUUAGUUUACUGCCCAGCAAAUUGCAUGAGGUUGAGAGCCGUUAUGUUAAUGUAAUUUUCCAAAACACUAAUGUUAAAUAUACCUAUGUUUUGAUAUGCAAUACAUGUAUGUUUUUAUGAUAUAGUGACUAAUCAAUGCCUUUAUAUUUUUCAAUUACAAUAAUAUGUAUUUAAGGACUGAUGAAAUUGAUAUUUAAAAAUUACAGUCCUUGCUUCCAAUCUUUGUCUUUCCUAUAUGUUACUCCAUUCAAGUAUUCAUGAAAGUGUCAGUAAAAAUGUGACAAAAAAUAUUUAAUUUUAAUUAGCAUAAUAAAAUGUAUGAUUUGCUCAUUUUAAAUUGUGUUUCUAAAUUUCAUUGAAAAAAUGUAAUAACAAACAUAACAAUAAUUAGCUCUAAUUUUUACCAUUCUUAAAUAUGUACUAUGAACAUAGUUGUCCCCUUCCUUGUAUUUAUUAUUGUACCUAUGUACAAAUAUUUUUAAUAUUUUGUAUUGUAUAAGUCUAUACUGUACAGUGUUAAAAGUGUUCAAAUGAAUGUUAUAGGUGUAUGGUAGCAAGGAUUUAUUUUUAAGCCUAUUGUAAAUUGAAAUAAAUGCGUAAUUUUACACA